UGUGAGUGUGAGUGUGAGUGUGAGUGUGAGUGUGAGUGUGUGUGCGUCUUAUAUUUCUCUUUCCUUCUUUUAACUCUUUCUUAAUAAAUAUGAACAAGUUAAAAACUGUAUUUCAACGUUCACAAAAAGUUAAAACAGAAGAUAACAGAAGAUCACAGCAGUUUGUAAAACGGCAUUCUUCAAUCAAUACGAAUUCUACCUCCAUUUCUACUAUGACUACGACAUCUCAGGAACUAAGUGUUCCACCUUCUAUUCAACUUUCAGAUUUAUCUGAAUUAGAAAAACCUACAUAUGAAUCUUGGUGGAAAGACUUGGAUCCUUUUGAUUUGCAAAAAAUUGAUAAUCAUACUAUAUUAAAAUUCUUGAAUGGGUGUGAAUUACCUGACGAUAAACUGGAGAAAAUCCUUACAUUGUUUGAAACAGCAGGUGAUGGUCUAAAUAAAUUCCAAUUCUUUGCUAUGCUUAGAUUAAUUGCACAUGCUCAAAAUGGACGUAAAAUUAGUCAAGCACUUGUUUAUUUAGGAGCACCUAUACCUCAUCUUCGUACAAAUGCUUUUGAUACUUUGAUUAAAACUGAACUACCUCAACGACAACAGUUAUCUACAAAUGAACCGGAAGAAAACAAGUGUACGCAUCAUGAUGAAAACCGAAAAUCAUGGUGGGGAGGAUAUGAAAAGCCUUCAUUAUCACAUAUUGAAAAUAGACGUUCUUAUAUAGGACCAUUUACUACUCAUACACCUAUACCAAAUACAUUACUUUACCAACAACAACCUUUCAUAGAUUUUAAUACAACAUAUAAUAAUGAACACAUGUUAUUUAUGAAUGAAAAACAACAUAAUAGGUCUCGCUCUGCUGGAACAGCAAAUGAAUUUAUUCCAUACUUUAUGACAAAUCAGCAGGAAGAAGGAGAAGCAGAAGUAGAAGCUAAUUUACAAUCAUCAAAGUCUUCUUUAUCUUUAAAUGAAUUAAAUAAUAAUAACAAUGGGAAACGAUUACUUUUAACACAAAAAUUUGUAUAUCAAUCCCCUACUAUUCCACAUCAAGAUACAUUAACCAUUUCAACUAAUAAUCCAUUUUAUAAUACAUUGCAGAAAGAAGAAGAAGAAGAAUUAAAGAGUCCAUUUGACGAUGAUCAAGAUGAGAUGAUCAUAUUAUCGAAUAAUCAAAAGCCUAAUAAACAUCACAUACCUCCUCCACCUGUGCCUAAUCAAUCUACAAAGCCUGCAUUUCCAAAAUACGCACGUACCGUAAAUCCUCCUUUUAUGAUAAAGCAAAGUCAAUCAACUAAAAUAAACAAUCUUCAUCAUCAAACAGAACAAUACCCUUCUUUUUAUACUAAACUUCAAAGACAUAACUCAGCUACAAGUAAUAUAAUUGAUUUUCUAUAAUUAAUAAAUUUUUUUUUAUUUGAUUUUAUUUGAUUUUUCACUUAUUU